CGUACUACUAUAAAGAAGUCGAAAUUCUCCAAAUCAAUACAAAAGUCAAGGCACCUGCCACAAGACAGUUGUAUAAGUUCAGUCAAAGCCCAGAAACAUGUCGGCAGCUCGUAGGCAAGUUCCCCGGGAAUAUGGAUGGGAUAAUAACGGGUUUGAAUUUGACAACCAUGGGUAUUUUGGAAGAGAACAAGAUAUUGAAAUGAGAAACAUUGGCGGCCAGAGUGACGUCAUAACCGAACCCCCAUCAACAGACAAGCCGGUCAUAGAAGGAAGACCUGGGACAAAGACAUGGUAUGCUAACAUACGGAGGUUCGAGGCUGAAUAUUUGCGACAGAAAAUAGAGAAGAAAAGGAGAGAAAAGAAGAGCAAACCCAAGACGAAAAAGAAGAUCGUUUGGGACGUGAUUGUGCGUAUCCUAUCUGUUGCUUGUACAGCCUGGGAUUUAUACGCAGACUGGAGUUUCUAUUUGGAGCCGAAGAGUGCUGAAUGCGGAGAAGUCUGGUCGCUCGUACUUUCAAUACUGGCCUCCGUUCUUGCCUUGUUGCAACUUUUGCACCUCAUAAACGAAACUGUCAUAGACAUACGUCAACGCAGGUCUAAUACCAUGGACGUCAAAGGGCUAUUCGGCAAACGCAGGCUGAAAACAACCUACGAGAUAUUUGUGCUGUUCUGUUCGAAAAUACCGCAAGGAAUUUUACCGUUAAUAUUUCAUUGCUUCUGCGAUGGGCAGACAAGUGAAGUCGACACAGCUGGCUUGGUCCUUAAGUUGGCAAAAUCAUCGGCAGUCACCGAUUUUUUCUCCGUAUUUCUUCGAAGCCUUGAGACGGAUGCUAGGAUUUGGUUUGAUCCCGACCUCUGUUGUAAAAGCCGAUACUUUAGAAAGAUCAAAUGCUUUUGUUGUCGCAUGGUAACAGUAAGAGAGACGGGUGAACUUGUCUUAGGUCAGUGUUGCUUCGUUUGCUGCCUAUAUGAGAAGGCACCAGACCGCGGAUGUCACUGUUCCAUGUGCUUCGACAAAUGUAGAGACAUCUGCGCAUGCGAGUGCGAUUUCUGCAGGAGAGAUUGCGUCAUCUGCGCUGGGCCUUGCCCGAACCCGUGUGAGAAGUUUUUUUCUUGUUUAAACCGUCUCUUGUACUUGGGAAGCGUGGUCAUUAUUUUUUGGGGGGUCUUACCUGAUUUACAAUCUAUUACUUGUCCGCCAAAAGAUUAGACUAGCAGUCAACAACAGUUUAUCAGAAAUCAUGCCCCAA